AUGGGCUCCCUGUCAAAUCGUCCGGUCGAGCUGUUCGAUGCUGUCCCUCAGGCUCCAGAAGACCCAUUAUUUGGGUUGAUGGCAGCUUACCGAAAAGAUCAGUUUGAGAAAAAGGUCGAUCUGGGAAUUGGUGCAUACAGAGACAACAAUGCGAAGCCAUGGGUGCUGCCUGUGGUGAAAAAGGCAGACGAAAUCCUCCGAAAUGAUCCCAAUCUGAAUCAUGAAUAUCUCCCUAUCGCUGGCCUUCCAGAGUUCACUUCCGCUGCUCAGAAACUCAUCCUUGGUUCAGAAAGCCCCGCGAUCAAAGAGGGACGGGCCACCUCCCUCCAAACCAUCUCAGGGACGGGCGCCGUUCAUCUAGGAGGUCUCUUCCUAUCCAAAUUCCUGCUCAAACCCACUUCAGCCAUCUAUGUGUCCAAUCCCACCUGGGCCAAUCACAACCAAAUCUUCACAAAUGUCGGCCUUUCCAUAAAGUCCUAUCCAUAUUUCUCUGCGAAGACCAAAAUGCUUGACAUUGAUGGACUCUUGUCGACACUGAAAGCAGCACCGGAGAAAAGUAUUAUCCUGCUUCACGCAUGUGCACACAACCCUACGGGUGUUGACCCUACGCAAGACCAGUGGAAACAGAUCGCCGAGGUGUGCAGGGCACGGUCGCUCUUUCCCUUUUUUGACUGUGCAUACCAGGGGUUUGCCUCAGGCAGCUUGACCACCGAUAAUUGGGCCAUCCGUUACUUUGUCGAGCAGGGCUUCGAGCUGAUCAUCGCUCAAUCUUUCGCGAAGAACUUUGGUCUGUACGGUGAGCGGGCUGGUGCCUUCCACUUUGUCGCUGCUCCGGGAACCAAGGCACAGGAUGUCACCAAAAGAGUAGCCAGCCAGCUAGCUGUUCUUCAACGAUCGGAAAUCUCGAAUCCCCCGGCUUAUGGUGCACGUAUCGCCAGUAUCGUACUCAGCGAUAGUACCUUGUUUGCCGAAUGGGAAAAAGACUUGCGAACCAUGUCCGGACGCAUCAUCGAGAUGCGCAAGAGUCUCAAGACCGAAUUGGAUGCACUAGGCACACCCGGAACCUGGGAUCACAUUACCAGCCAGAUCGGCAUGUUUUCCUUCACUGGGCUCUCGGAGGCUCAGGUGCUAGCCAUCAGAGAAAAAUGGCACGUCUACAUGACCAAAAAUGGCCGUAUCAGUAUGGCUGGCCUGAACACAUCAAAUGUCAAGUACUUCGCCGAGGCGCUGGACGACGUGGUUCGGCAUGUCAACUAA